AACUUGAGCUACAGACGGUGGCGACAUCUGGAGGAGAAUUUAAGGCAUGAACAACUAUCUUUGGGGUUCAGUCUCUUUCGAGUUCUGGCCAGGCGGAGCUAGCAGACGGUGUGCGUGCGGCCGCUUCGUGUCUCGUAGGACCCUCGGCGCCAUCUGGCUUGUUGAUAGUGUGUGUGUCUGACCUGAGUUUUCCUCCCAAGAACCGCAGACAUGUCGUCCAAGGCGGUUAUUAGUUCGAGCGUGUCUAAGAUGGCUGCUUCCAGUUCAAGCACCAAAAUUGUUUCCAAGAAAGUGUCUUCGUCGUCGGCUGUCACUUCCAAGACAUACUCUUACCGCAGCGGAGCAGCCCCCGACGACAGCAAUGUCACCAUCGAGUACAUCCAUGAUGUCAGCAACGUGUCGCGUCUUGAGGACAAGAUCCGUCUGCUUAUGGAAGACAUCGAGUAUGAGAGGGAACUCAGACAGAGGGUGAGUAAACCUCCUGGUUAUGUGUCUACGUCUACUUUUAUGUCUACUAUUUACUUUUAUAUGUUUGCUAUCUACUUGUAUGUCUGCUUUCUACCUCUUUUUAUAAGGACCUAUCAAUGGAUGAUAGUGACACAGAGUGUCCAUGAUGUAUGUCAAAAUAGAGGUGUGCUAGGCCGUCGGUUGGACAAAAGUAUACCACAGAGUACUAUGAUGAUGGAAACUGGGCCAUGCAUUUGCCAGAGAUUAGUUCCUGGAACUCCGGAGGUGUGGGAUGAACUGGUAGGCGGCACGCUGAGAUGUGAUAGUUAA